CAUACAUAGACGCACUCUGACACGGGGUGCACAUACAUAGACGCACUCUGACACGGGGUGCACAUACAUAGACGCACUCUGACACGGGGUGCACAUACAUAGACGCACUGUGACACGGGGUGCACAUAUAUAGACGCACUCUGACACGGAUUUCCACCAUGGCUCAGUCUCUGGGUGACAUGGAGGAGGAGCUGAGCUGCUCCAUCUGCCUGAGCCUCUUCAGCACUCCGGUCACUCUGCCCUGCGGACACAACUUCUGCUCCGAGUGCCUGGACUGCAGCUGGGAGGACGUCUACUCCUACAGCUGCCCCCAGUGCAGACACCCCUUCCCCAGUAAGCCGGAGCUCAGGAAGAACACCGUGCUCAGUAACCUGGUCAGGCAGCUGAAUGCCGCCCGGCUAGAGGACCCCGAUCCCCCGGAGGAGAAGGAUGAAGAGGACGAAACCCCAGACAAGGAGGCUGUGCUGUGUGACAGCUGCAGGAAGGUGGCCGCCUCCAAGACCUGUCUCACCUGCCUGGCCUCCUUCUGCCAGGAGCACCUGCAGCCUCACCUUCACAGCCCGGCGUUUCUAGACCACCUGCUCAGCCAGCCCCUGCGGGACCUGCAGCAAAGGAAGUGUGCGGAGCACAGCAAGCUGUUGGACCACUACUGCUGGGAGCAUGGGAGCUGCCUGUGCUGCUACUGCGCCCUGACCCACAAGACCUGCAAGACCUACACCCUGCAGGAGGCCAAGCGCCAGAAGGAGCUUCAUUACACUAAUAUGUUGAGAUCUGUGAACCAGAAGAUUGAGAAGGCGACAAGCACAGCGCAGGAGGUGCAGAGAGAGCAGAGACGGGUGCUGGAAACCAGCAAAAAGAAAAAGGAGCUUCUAGAGGCUGAGUAUGAGGAAAUCAAGAGUCUGAUCGAUGAGGAGCGGCACAGGGCGAUGGCAAAAAUAGUGGCAGAGGAGCAAAAAGUCAACAAGAAGUUCAUCCACACCCAGAGCGUCCUGACCAAGAAGCAGAAGGAGUAUGAAGGGAUGCACAGUAAAGUGCAGAGCCUCCUUCAGGAGCAGGACGACUUCCAAUUCCUGAAGAGAGCGAGUAAUCUGAUGGACACGACAUCGAAGGAUCCGUUCAAGCCGAAAACAGAGUUUGAUGACAGAUUACUGCAGAGCAUCUACAAUAACGCAGUGUCCCUCAAAGACCUUGUCAAAGCCAAGAUCUACCAGAUGGCAGAGACUCCAGAAUCUAAAUCGCAACCCCCAGAGAAGGCGCACGGUGCAGAGUCGCGGCUGGAAGGAGAGAAGGCCAGCAGAUGGAGGCCCCCCACCUCGCCAGCACCCGGGAAGCAGGAGGAGAAACCCAAGAGUAAAUUCAAGCCGAAUAAACAAGCGGCCGAUACCAGCAAGACAAAGCCUUACGGAGAGUGCCCCAAAGUACAGACAGGAGAAAUUCCAAAGGAAAUGGGAAAAGACAAAUUUACAAAAACGAAUGCAGACCCUCGAGAAGAACUGCUGAUGUACACGGAGAAGCUGUCUGCAGAUCCCACCACUGUUCAUAAGAAGAUCCUUCUCUCCAACCUGUUCACCAGGUUAUCUGUCAGUGAUAUCCCUCAGAACUACAAGGAGAAUCCGCAGAGGUUUGUCAGCUGCUCCCAGCUCCUCUGCUCGCAGGGCUUCUCACAAGGCAUCCAUUACUGGGAGAUCAUAAAGGAAGGUGGGAAUUUUAGCGGGUUGGGUGUGGCCUAUCAGAGCAUCGCCCGUAAUAGGGCGGAGAGCCGCCUGGGCCGCAACAAGUUGUCCUGGUGCAUUGAGUGGUGUAACGGGAAGCUGCAAGCCUGGCAUGAUGACAAACAGACCGACCUCACCACCCCCAACACCAACAAGUAUGGGGUGCUGCUGAACUGCGACCAAGGGUUUAUCUCUUUCUAUUGUGUGGGGAAGAAGUUCAGUGAAAUUUAUAAAUUCCGUGCCAGGUUUACAGAACCGGUCUACCCGGCCUUCUGGAUGUUCUCCAGUCAGACUGUCUUGGUCCUUAAUGCGUUCCAGUCAGAGCCCAGUCAGAGCAAGUAACGCUUCCACUGUCCACCAGUGUGGAAGGGGAAGCUAGAGGGGGGUAUCUGUCUCUAGUCACAUCCCUGAGGUUGAGGAGGUCUCUUAUAAACCUAGUGAUAGGGGGGUAGAUACUUUCAUGUGAUCGGCAGCUUGCCUGGGGUAGUUUCUUCUAAAAAGUUAUUCAACUACUCCAUGAAUCUUGGAGAGAUAUUUAUGAAGGCUUUUAUUUCAAUUUUGUGAUGUAAAAACAUGCAAAUUACGGUGCAGAUCAUAUUUGCUGCA